CUGCGUUUCGGUUAACAUCAGUAUAGUAAACAUUUUAAAAACCAACAAAAGAAAAUUUAAAAUUGUUACAAUGAAAUUGCUGGGAAUUUUCCUAAUCAGCUUUGCCUUGCUCUUGCUUGCCACUAUAAAUUCCUGCCGGGCUGCAGAAACUUUAAAUCAAUUGGAUGAAGGACUAUUGGAGGGAUAUGGUGUUGACAACGAAGGAUUAACUUUGAAUAGACAAAAACGUUUGACCUGCCAAAUUAAUCCUGCAUUAUGUGCCACACAUUGUAGAAUUAAGGGAUAUCGUCGUAGUUAUUGUUCACGACAAAAAGUUUGCACAUGUCGCAGAUAAAUUAAUUAUUUGAUUCAAAAUAAAUAAAAUAAAAUAAGUUUUUCAAAACCAA